AUCCUGUUUGAAGUUAAUCAGCAAGGGGACAUUGCCCUGAACACAUGGCUGAAUGUUUCCUCCCCAAGCCUGACUGACUUGUUUUUUAACUUCUCGACGAUCCAAGGGCUAUGCUUCAAUGGUUAACCCUGUUCUUGUGUGCCGUCGUUACCGUAUCAGAGGCCCCAGAAUGCCACUAUUUCACUAAACUUCCAAUUACUGACACCUUCAUUGGAACCGAUGUGGAUGUGAGGUUACUCCUGUAUACGAACAGGAAUUCAGAAUGUGCCAGCCUGAUCAAUGCCACACAUAUCAGCCCGCUGGAUGUCAAGAAGAAGACAACCUUCUUAAUCCAUGGCUACCGGCCAUUUGGAUCCCCCCCAAACUGGUUGAAGAAUUUGACAAAGACCCUGCUGAACGUGGAUGACAUCAACCUCAUCAUCGUUGAUUGGAACAGAGGAGCAACAACCAUCAAUUAUUCAACUGCUGUCACCAACACCAAGACGGUUGCUGAAAUUUUGAAACCUGUGAUUGACAGCAUACUAAAUAACGGAGGCUCCUUCGAUUCGAUUCAUCUGAUUGGCGUGAGUCUGGGUGCUCACAUAUCAGGCUUCGUUGGAAACAUGUUUGACGGAAAGAUUGGUCGGAUUACUGGUCUUGAUCCAGCUGGUCCUCUGUUUAGAGGGAAAGGAAAGGAUGACAGGUUGGAUCCCUCUGAUGCUAUGUUGGUCGAUGUCCUACACACAGAUCUUGACGCUCUUGGCUACCGAGACUUUUUGGGGCACAUAGAUUAUUACGCUAAUGGAGGGACUGACCAGCCAGGCUGUCCUGCGACCAUCCUCAGCGGAAAGAAAUAUAUGGUGUGUGACCAUCAGAGGUCAGUCUAUCUGUACAUAAGUUCCAUGAACUCGUCAUGCAACAUCACCAACUUUCCUUGUGGAUCGUACGCAGAAUUCCUGGAUGGUCGUUGCACGCAGCGCGACGGCACCUAUCCAAUAUUCGGCUAUCAUCUCGUCAAGUGGGCGAACAGCAGCAGUGUCAUGAGGUUUCCGAAUAAAGUUUUCUUUCAAACUUCCUCUGAGGAUCCGUUCUGUAUGUAUUAUUACCUCUUGGACAUCAUCCCUUGGAACAAAAAUGCUCGAAAAGGCUACAUUACGAUUGAACUAGAAGAUGGAAAUGGACACAAGGUCAAAUCCAAAGACAAUCACUCUGCAAAAACCUUUGAACGGUUCAGGAAAGUGACUCUCCUUGUAAGUGUGGACCGAGACCUGAAGAACAUUACUAGAAUCUCGCUCAAAUACAGCUCAGCACAUGUGGUGGAGCACAAGCUGACACUGGGAAUCCUCCGCCUCAAGCUGAGGUCACUGAGUCAUCCCGACAGGCCUCACCUGUGCAGGUAUGAUGUCGCUCUUGAGCGGGACGAGGAAGUGAAGGUCCAGCCUUUCGAAUGCGGGGUGCAGGAGAUGUAGGGAAAAACUCCUUCUUCACCACCUGAGUGCUCAGAAUGCCUUCUUCUCUUCUUAAGCCCAUCACCCCUACUGGAGCAUAGGCUGCAAGAGUCCUCUGCCUGGGCCAGUCUUUCAAGCUGUCUGCAGGUGUAGCCCAUCUUCUUGGUGUAUUCUUCCUCUCCCAGGGUGAGAUCUUUGGAGCUUCUGUUGCCAGUUCAGUAACUCUGACUUUUUAUGGGAUGAGGUUGCUAGCCCCAUGCCCAACUCUCCUGCUUUUGCAGCCAAGCUUGGACCAUCUUUGGUGGAGUUGUGCUGAGAAUGUAUCUGACACAUAAAACUUGCAAUUUUACAAAAUUCGACUGCACUGUCUUCAUUCGUUGUGUGUAGAGCGCAGAACACAGGGCGUAGAACACAGGGUGCAGAACACAGGGCGUAGAACACAGGGUGUAGAACACAGAGCAUUACUGCAAAUUUCCUCCAGCAUUUUGUGUGCUUUGCUCAAGGUUUUCACUACCUGCAGAGUCUCUGGGAUGGAGACUGCGGCUGUACUGGAAGGUCUCACCACCAACCAACUGGGGUCUCAGUCCUGUUAGAACUCUGGUAUAUCCUGUGGUUGACCAGCAAGGGCACACGUGGUUCCCUGAGGACUUUUUCAGACUGAUUGGACUCUCUUGUUAUUGAUCAUUGACUGCACAUGUUCCCAAUUAACAUAGAAACAUGGAGAACCGACAGCACAAUACAGGCCCUUUGGCCCACAAAGUUGUGCCGAACCUGUUCCUACCUCAGAAAUUACUAGGCUUACCCAUAGCCCUCUAUUUUACUAAGCUCCAUGUACCUAUCUAAAAGCCUCUAAAAAGACCCUAUCAUAUCCGCCUCCUCCACCGUUGCCGGCAGCCCAUUCCACGCACUUACCACUCUCUGAGUAAAAAACCUACCCCUGACAUCUCCUCUAUACCUAUUCCCCAGCACCUUAAACCUGUGUCCUCUUGUGGCAACCAUUUCAGCCCUGGGAAAAAGCCUCUGAAUAUCCACACGAUCAAUGCCUCUUAUCAUCUUAUACACCUCUAUCAGGUCACCUCUCAUCCUCCGCUGCUCCAAAGAGAAAAGGCUGAGUUCACUCAACCUGUUCUCAUAAGGCAUGCUCCCCAUCCAGGCAACAUCCUUGUAAAUCUCCUCUGCACCCUUUCUAUGGCUUCCACAUCCUUCCUGUAGUGAGGCGACCAGAAAUGAGCACAGUACUGCAAGUGGGGUCUGACCAGGGUCCUAUAUAGCUGCAACAUUACCUCUCGGCUCCUAAAUUCAAUCUCACGGUUGAUGAAGGCCAAUACACUGUAUGCCUUCUAACCACAGAAUCAACCUGCGCAGCUGCUUUGAGCAUCCUAUGGACUCAGACCCCAAGAUCCCUCUGAUCCUCCACACUGCCAAGAAUCUUACCAUUAAUACUAUAUUCUGCCAUCAUAUUUGACCAACCAAAAUGAACCACCUCACAUUUGCAAGUUGCGUAUUUAAACCCUGCUUCAUGUACCUUACUUUGCUCUGUAUUAAAGCGUGAUCUUGUAA